AUGCCUUCCCAUUUCGACACCCUUCAACUUCAUGCUGGUCAAGAGGUCGAAGCUCCCUACAACGCCAGAGCUCCUCCCAUCUAUGCCACCACCUCCUACUCGUUCAAUGACUCCAAGCACGGUGCCCAGUUGUUCGGCUUGGAGACCCCAGGUUACAUCUACUCGCGUAUCAUGAACCCCACCAACGAUGUGUUCGAGAAGCGGAUUGCUGCGCUCGAGGGCGGAAUCGGAGCGUUGGCAACCUCCUCCGGCCAGGCUGCCCAGCUCAUUGCCAUUGCAGGCUUGGCCCACGCCGGCGACAACUUCGUCUCCACCAGCUACUUGUACGGUGGUACCUACAACCAGUUCAAGGUCGCCUUCAAAAGAUUUGGCAUCGAGGCUCGUUUCGUCAAUGGUGACGAUCCUGCUGAUUUCGAGAAGUUGAUUGACGACAAGACCAAGGCAAUCUACUUGGAGUCCAUCAGUAACCCGAAGUUCAACGUGCCCGACUUCGAGAAAAUCGUCAAGAUUGCCCACGAUAAGGGCAUUCCUGUGGUUGUGGACAACACCUUUGGUGCCGGUGGGUAUUUGAUCCGCCCCAUUGACCACGGAGCCGAUAUUGUCGUGCAUUCCGCCACCAAGUGGAUCGGUGGCCACGGUACCACUAUUGCUGGUGUAGUUGUGGACUCUGGUAAGUUCCCAUGGGCCCAAUACCCCGAAAAGUUUCCACAAUUUUCAAAGCCUUCCGAAGGGUACCAUGGCUUGGUGUUGAACGAUGCUUUGGGCAGUUCUGCCUUCAUUGGCCACGCCAGAAUUGAGCUCUUGAGAGAUUUAGGGCCUGCUUUGAACCCAUUCGGCUCCUUCUUGUUGUUACAAGGUUUGGAGACUUUGUCCUUGAGAGUCGACAGACAAUCUGAAAAUGCCUUGAAGUUGGCACAAUACUUGGAGCUGUCUCCUCACGUCAAAUGGGUGUCGUACUUGGGAUUGCCUUCGCACAAGGACCACAACUCUAGUCAGAAGUACUUAAACCAUAAGGACAAGUUUGGUGGUGUGUUUGCGUUUGGUGUCAAGGACUCGCCACACGAGGCCAAGGACGAAUUCGACGAAGCCUCUCCUAAGGUGGUCGACUCAUUAAAGAUCGCCUCCAACUUGGCCAAUGUCGGUGACUCCAAGACCUUGGUUAUCGCCCCAUGGUUCACCACUCAUCAACAAUUAUCUGACGAAGAGAAGCUUGCUUCCGGUGUCACCAAGGACUUGAUUAGAGUUUCUGUGGGUACGGAAUAUGUCGAGGAUCUUAUUGGCGAUUUCGAACAGGCGUUUAAACAAGUGUAUGGUUAA